AUGGCUUCUAAGGAGAUUCAUGUCAUUGCGACCUUCAAACCGAAGGCAGGAAAGGUGGAUGAGGUAGCAAAACUCCUCGCCGCGUCAGUAGCCAACAUCCACGAAAAGGAGCCAGAUACCUUGCGAUUCUUUGUGCUGCGGCCUAAAAAAAGCGACGAGCUUAUCAUUGUUGAAAAAUAUAAGGACGUGAACGCGCUCAAAGUCCACGGAGCCACUGAUUACUUCAAAGCGCUGGGCGGGAAACUUGCGCCGCUGCUUGACGGGCCAGCAGACUUGAAAUUCUGCAGCUUUGUCACCGGAUACGAGGGGAGGCCAUCGAAAUUGUGA